AUGGCGGUGCUGUUGGGAGUUAGCCGGACUGACAAAGUUGCAUCCUUAUUGGCAUACUCUGGAUAUUCUCUCGCCGUUCAGACUUCAGAUUUCGGGAAUUUAUGGGUUAUGGGCUAUGGCCUGGCGCAGCUUGGAGAACCGACCAUCUUUUUAAUUUCCAUGGAUACCCGAGGUGCGAUGGAUCCAUAUUUCGGGAGGGAUCUGCCAUGCUGGAUGCGUGGAUCAAUCCGAUGUCCUGGACCAUCAGCCCAUCAUCAAACCGGCAUACCUCUUCAGCUGAAACUGUUGCGGCAGUACCAUUAA